GCCACCACACAUCCUCUCUCCCUUCCAGUCCCAGGAGCGUGGCCUCACUCUCCUCGUCGCAUCCCCCCUCCUCAUCUUCGCAGCGCGGGCGGCGGCAAUGGCGAUGGCCUCCACCUACGCGCCGGGCGGAGGCGCGCGGGCGCUCGCGCAGGGUAGAUGCAGGGUCCGCGGUCCCGCGGGGCUGGGCUUCCUCGGCCCCUCCAAGGCCGCCGGCCUCCCCCGCCCCCUCGCCCUCGCCAGGCGGAUGAGCAGCCCCGUCGCGGUGGGCGCCAGGCUGCGAUGCGCGGCGUCGUCGUCCCCCGCGGCGGCGCGGCCCGCCACGGCGCCGCGCUUCAUCCAGCACAAGAAGGAGGCCUUCUGGUUCUACCGCUUCCUCUCCAUCGUGUACGACCACGUCAUCAAUCCGGGCCACUGGACCGAGGACAUGCGCGACGACGCGCUGGAACCUGCCGACCUCUUCAGCCGCCACCUCACGGUCGUCGACGUCGGCGGCGGCACGGGGUUCACCACGCUCGGCAUCGUCAAGCACGUCAACCCGGAGAACGUCACGCUGCUCGACCAGUCCCCGCACCAGCUCGACAAGGCCCGGCAGAAGGAGGCCCUCAAGGGGGUCACCAUCAUGGAGGGCGACGCCGAGGACCUCCCGUUCCCCACCGACUCCUUCGACCGAUACAUCUCCGCCGGCAGCAUCGAGUACUGGCCAGACCCACAGCGGGGGAUCAAGGAAGCCUACAGGGUCCUGAGAUUUGGUGGGCUAGCUUGUGUGAUCGGCCCGGUCUACCCGACCUUCUGGCUGUCCCGCUUCUUCGCCGACAUGUGGAUGCUCUUCCCCAAGGAGGAAGAGUACAUCGAGUGGUUCAAGAAGGCUGGGUUUAGGGAUGUCAAGCUGAAGAGGAUUGGACCGAAGUGGUACCGCGGUGUCCGAAGGCAUGGCCUCAUCAUGGGCUGCUCCGUCACAGGCGUCAAGAGAGAGCGCGGUGACUCUCCCUUGGAGCUUGGUCCCAAGGCGGAGGAUGUCAGCAAGCCAGUGAAUCCGAUCACCUUCCUCUUCCGCUUCCUCGUAGGAACGAUAUGUGCUGCCUACUAUGUUCUGGUGCCUAUUUACAUGUGGAUAAAGGACCAGAUCGUGCCAAAAGGCAUGCCAAUCUGAGUGAAGGGAAUGAGCUGCAUGGAAGAGAGGAUAGCCAACGUCUGAAUUUUACUCUUCUCUAUAUUAGACGCUUCCUGCCUGUUUUGUAUUAAUACCUCUUGUUUUCCUUCUGCUAUUUACUUCUUGCACUGCUGUUCCUGUUUGUGGUAAUUAAUAAUACUAAGACAUCGAUGUUCUCCUGUUUCUUGAGCAUGACUGGUUGCAGUGGAACCUCGAAAUUAAAUUAUAUGAUGUGUAAUUUAGUUGGUUAAAUUAUAUAAAUUUGUAUAGUUU